AUGGACACACGCAACGUGUCGUCCAAUCCUGUGCUCUUGGCUGCUCCCAGAGAACAGCAUCAUAUCAAUCACACAGCUCACACCUUACCUGUGCGCGCGUCAAUUCGGAGUCAACCCCUGACCAAAAAGGAACCCAGUCUUGAAUCCCAUCGACCAAACUCCUGCAAAACUGCAGCGGUCAAGGUCGAGCCUGCCACCGAGUCGGUCGUCCCCUACAAGCGUCUCUCGGAUACGUCAUUCUCUUUGCAUGGUGUCAAACACGAGGAGCAUCCUUAUACACUGACAAUGUCUCUGCCGUCUAUCAAACGGCAGAAGCUAGAACACACGAAGUCGCCCCUAGCGCGCAUGGAUAACAACACUUCUUCCUCGUAUCUGUCGCACGCUCUACAGCCUGCAAUUCAGUCUCCUGGCGCUGAAGAAGCGCGCGUUAAAAUGAUGGACCUGCAAACGGAAAUUGUCCGUGCACAAAGUGAACUGCAGCGUCUAGCCCAGAAGUCGAGGCUAAGCAUGGAGGAAGUACAACAAGAGGCGAAUCUCGUAAGGCAGAUUCAGCACUUACGAAGUCAAGAACUCGAAUACAACGGUACCCUCCCCAAUAUGACUCACUCAGCCUUUCCUUCAGGGGUUUCUGCUUUGCAGAUGCGUCCCCCCACGCAUUGGAAUUAUCUUUUGUACGACACCCCCCAGGACCCCCACGUCAACGACACAUUGGACGAGGAUAUCGCCACGGCUUUACUCGAGUCGCGCGAAAAGACACCUGCAUUAUCAUUCCAGAGUCCUCAGCCCCUUGCUUCUGGAUCUGGUGUGCCCCUCGAAAGGGCUUCAAAUUUGUUCUUCGAUUCUACAGAUCCCGGUCAAUCUUCUUUCCCGCAUUAUAUGCCUAUAGAGCCCAUACAAAGUGUCGUUGACGACCAGCGUUUUGAUGAUGAUGGAGAUUUCUACGGGCGGGGCAAAGAUACCUUUUUGGGACCUGUGGCGAAGGCUGAUGACAUCGAGAAGUUUUUAAGGUCUGCUGGUAAUGCUGAACUAUUCGACGGCAAUGCUAGCGUCGAUACAGCGUUAGAAAAACUCGGACUCCGUGGGAUGUACCAGCUUCUCCCGGGAAUGAGCGUUUCACUCAUGCCUCAUCAAUUAAUCGGAGUUGCAUGGGCUCUCGACAAAGAACAUGGCUCAGAAAAGGGUGGUGUCCUGGGCGAUGAGAUGGGUCUCGGCAAGGCUCGUUCUACCGUCCAAAUUACUGCAGUUAUGGUCAUCAAUGCGUCUCGCAACCCUAUCUGCAAGACCAACCUUAUUGUGGCUCCAACAGCGUUACUUGACCAGUGGCAGCUGGAAAUCGACAUGAAAACCAAUAACAACAUGAAAUGUCUGAUUUACCACGGCUCUAACAAACCCAAGAACAAGGCAGAUAUAAUGAGAUAUGAUGUGGUGCUAACCACUUAUCAUACGUUGGCACAGGAGUGGCCUGAUUACGAAGCUGAGCAGAUGCUCCAAGAAAAGCGUCGCAAACUACGCAAGAAAAACCAAAGUUUUAUUGCAAGUGACUCUGAGGAGGAAAUUGUUAAACCAAAGAAGAAAAAGAAACAACUGGGGCUCCUUUUCCAGAUGAAUUGGUAUAGAGUAAUUUUAGAUGAGGCGCAGAAUAUUCGUAAUAGGAAAACCAGAAACUCACGUUGCGUGACGGAAUUAGACGCCACAUACCGUUGGUGUCUCACAGGUACUCCAAUUAUCAAUGGUUUGAUAGAUGCCUACCCGCUCUUCCGGUUCUUGAAGCUUCGACCAUGGUAUGAUUGGACAGAGUUCAACGGUCACAUAUCUAAGCUUGAGAAGAAGAAUCCGAAGCUGGCUAGUGCUAGGUUGCAAAGCAUUUUCAGGGUUAUUCUUCUCCGCCGAAAAAAGGACUCCGAAUUAGAUGGAAAGAGAUUGAUCGAGCUGCCCCCGAAGAACGUCGAGAUGGAGAAACUGACGUUCAGUCAAGAGGAACGUGAUAUCUACAAAAUGGUCGAAGCACGCUCACAAGCAACGUUCAAUCGAUAUCUCAGAGCAGGAACGGUCUUGAAGAAUUACACCCAAGUGCUGGUCAUGCUCUUACGCCUGCGCCAGAUAUGCUCUCACCCUGCUCUCAUUCAAGAAGACGGUGUCGCUCUUGUGGGACCUGACGAUGUCUGUGCAGAUAGCUCUCGCGAUCCUCAACAAGAGUUGGCACGUGCUAGGCGGCUUGUAUCGGCGCAAUUCGUUGACAAAUUGAAACACAAAUACAAGGAAGCAGCCUUACGCCAUAUGCAAGAAGAGAAGGAUUCUACUGAUGCAACCAUCGACGACGAAGAAUGCCCUGUAUGCAUGGAUGUCUUCACUGACGCUGUCAUAACUCCUUGUGCACAUACUUUCUGCCGUGAAUGUCUACUAAAUGUUCUGAACACGCCACAUGUCCAAGACAUGGAUGAUCCUAACAAGUACAAGGCGGAUGAGAAGCCAUGUCCGUCAUGCCGUGGUCCAGUAUCCCAUAUCAAGAUAUUUGCGCGUGAGGCUUUCGAGCCCAGUGACUCUGAGCUCAACGGAGAUGAAAAACACACUGCCAAGGCAUUCGAAGAUACUGACGAUGAAAUGGUUAGUAUUUUUAAUGCCAACAAAAGGCCAAGGAGGUUGAUGAAAAGGCGUACGUUUGAAGAAUCGGAGAGGGAUGAUGAUGACCGUAUGAGCGACUUUAUUGUCCAGAGCGACGAGGAAGACAAUGACGCUGAGCGUCAUGUUAUGAAGAAGCGCCUUGGGAAGCGCCGAGCCAUUGUCCUCGACUCGGACGAUGAUAUGGAUAGCGAAGCCGAAGAAGUUAUUUACGGCAAACGGGAUUCUUCGAUACCGAAAGAGCAAGUAAAAAUGAUGCCAAAGUUCCUACCAUCAACGAAAAUGAAGAAAAUGAUGGAGCACCUCAAAAAAUGGGCUGAAGAGAACGCUGGAGAAAAGACCCUAAUCAUCUCCCAAUGGACUCAAUGUUUGUUGCUCGUGUCCGAUUACCUCACUGAGAAUGGAAUUCUUCAUGUCAAGUACCAGGGUGAUAUGAAUCGUGCCAAGCGUGACCAAGCUGUCCGCGUCUUCAUGGCCAAGGACAAAGCCCAAGUCAUGUUGAUGUCGCUGAAAUGUGGUGGCGUUGGGCUUAACUUGACCAGAGCUAACCGGGUGAUAUCCUUGGAUCUUGGAUGGAGUGAGGCUAUCGAGAGUCAAGCGUUCGACCGUGUUCAUCGCCUCGGACAGACGAAAGAGGUUUUCGUCCAACGUUUAGUCAUUGCUGACACAGUUGAAGAUCGAGUUUUGGCCCUUCAAGAGCGCAAGCAAAAUCUUGCGGAUGGGAGUCUUGGGGAAGGAAAGGGCAAGAAUAUCGGGCGGUUGAGCGUCCGCGAGCUAGCAAAUUCACAUAGUAUUCGGUCUGGACCACAGGGGCAACGUGCUUUGAAGAAUCUAUCCAUUCGUGGUGCAUGA